AUGGAGAACGAAGAGGUUGGUGUGGCUCGUUCGGCGCAAAUAUUCAGAAAUUUUCUGUAUCGAUAUCGUGACGAGUUGAGCGCUUCGGUUCUGGUGGCUGGUUACGAUGACGAUGAGGGCGGACAGGUGAACAUUCUCCCUGUCCAUUCAUUGUCGUUCAAAUGUGAUCUUUUUCAGUUGAGAUGA